CCCGACCAGCUUUCACCUUCAACCUCUUUUAAUCUUGUUUUCUCGACAGGGCAAGAAACUGUGAUUCUUGAUCGGUUCGAGAAGAGGACAAAGUUAAAUUAAAAAAACAAACAUGUUUUUUCACAUAGUAUUAGAGAGGAACAUGCAAUUGCAUCCACGCCACUUCGGUCGUAACCUACGGGAAAACCUCGUAUCCAAGCUCAUGAAAGAUGUCGAGGGCACUUGCAGUGGUAGACAUGGUUUUGUGGUGGCAAUAACGGGUAUCGAAAACGUUGGGAAAGGUUUGAUUCGAGAUGGGACCGGGUUUGUGACAUUCCCUGUGAAGUAUCAAUGUGUUGUUUUCAGACCAUUUAAAGGGGAAAUCUUGGAAGCUGCUGUUACUAUGGUGAACAAGAUGGGGUUCUUUGCCGAAACCGGGCCUGUUCAAAUUUUUGUUUCGAACCAUUUGAUUCCGGAUGAUAUGGAGUUCCAAUCCGGAGAUAUGCCAAAUUAUACUACAUCUGAUGGAUCGGUUAAGAUUCAAAAGGACAGUGAAGUUCGCUUGAAGAUAAUUGGAACUCGAGUAGAUGCUACUGAAAUAUUUUGUAUUGGAACCAUAAAGGAUGAUUUCUUGGGUGUGAUUAAUGAUCCGACAACAGCUUAAUCCGAUGUGGGAUAAAUCUCACAGAUCAUUCCACCAUUUCUAUGGACAUUGGAAUCUUGUUUUUGUUACAGUUAAUACAGUUAUUUGAGGAUAUGUUAAUGGUUGAUGUCUGAACUUUCAUUAGCUGUAAAAUAUUUAUUUAAUUUCAUGGGCAUUAGAAUUUUCUCUC